AUGACUGGAGUAGAGACAAAAGAAACUCGCAAGAAUAUUGGAAAAUUGUUGCAUUCAAAAUGCAGCACACAAAAGCUACAUACAAAGCGAUCAAGAAAACCAAAAACUCCAAUGUCAAAGGAAAAGCUUGUUGAGUUUUUAACCAACAGCAAAAGGAACGACUUCAAACGCAGAAAUGCCUCUCAUAAAACAAUCAAAUCCUUGAUUAAUCCAUCAAUAACAACUUUCCAAAAUCAAGAAGAAACUGCAAAAUGUGAAAAUACAGAUCUCACUUCAGAGAAGCUUAAGAAGAGAAGAAAACGAAAGAGGACAAAAAACAAAGUUGAGGUUGAUGAAGCUUCUAGGCUGCAAGGGCGUACAAGGUACCUUCUCUUUAAAAUGAGAAAGGAACAGAACCUUCUAGACGCAUACUCAACUGAAGGCUGGAAAGGUCAGAGCCGAGAAAAGAUAAAGCCAGAAAAAGAACUUCAAAGGGCCAAAAAACAGAUUCUGAAAUGUAAACUUGGACUCCGUGAUGCCUUACGCCAGCUGGACUUACUUAGCACAGAUGGACGCAUUGAUGAAUCUGUUAUAGCUCCAGAUGGAUCCAUACACCAUGACCAUAUACACUGUGCAAAGUGUAAGCUGAGGGAAGCAUUUCCAGAUAAUGACAUUAUACUCUGUGAUGGGACUUGCAACUGUGCAUUUCAUCAAAUGUGCAUCGACCCUCCGCUUUUAACUGAAAACAUUCCUCCAGGAGACCAAGGGUGGUUUUGUAAAUAUUGCAUUUGUAAGACUGAUAUCAUAGAUGCAAUGAAUGCACAGCUUGGAACUAGCUAUUCCAAUGACAUCAAUUGGCAGGAGGUGUUCAAGGUUGAGGCUACAUUACCUGAUGGUGGUGAAACUCUACUUAAUCAAGAAGAUUGGCCUUCUGAUGAUUCUGGGGAUGAUGAUUAUGAUCCAGAAAGAGUUGAAAAACAUGAAAGUAGUUGUAGCAAUAUUAAACUUUGUUCUGAAGGUGAAGGUGAAUCAUGUGAUGAUGAUGGAAGCAGUAAUUACAGUUUUAUAUCACUGGAUGAUGAGAUUCUUGUUGAUGAUUCCCGGGAAUUGAGAAUUCUGGGAAUCGAAGUCAAUUCCGGUGAUUUUAUUCCGGGUUCUGGUUCCGGUUCCGGUUCUGAUUUUGAACCCGUGAGUGGUCGAAGACAACGUCGGGCUGUUGAUUAUAGAAAGCUUUAUGAUGAAAUGUUUGGAAAAGAUGCUCUUGCAAAUGAACAGGUAAGUGAAGAUGAAGAUUGGGGUCCCACAAACAGAAAGAGGAGAGAGAAAGAGUCGGAUGCAGCAAGUACCCUAAUGACUCUUUGUGAAACUGAGGACAAAAUGGGAAAAGAUGUUGCUGAAACAUCAAAGAAUGACACAGAUAGUAAAAGAUCGUUUUUUAGGAUUCCAUCUGAAGCUGUAGAGAAGCUUCGCCUUGUUUUUGCAAAGAAUGAACUUCCCUCUCGAGCUGUUAAAGAAGAGAUUUCCAAUCAGUUAGGUCUCGACCUUGAGAAGGUUAAUAAAUGGUUCAAGAAUGCACGCUACCUGUCUCUUAAAAGGAAGGCAGAAGAUAAGCCAACUCAAAAUGAUGGCCCUUCUAUCUCAAAGGAAUCUGCUAAUAAUGAAAUUCUAUCAGAGAAUAUUCCCACAAAUGCUACAAAGCAGCAUGACAAUGGAGAUUUACUUGUUUCUACUUCAACCAACAUGGUUGACUGUGAUGUAAUUGGUGGGACCCAAAGUGAUAAUCAAGAAGCCACGUCAGCAGAAGCUCAUAUGCAGAAGCUUUGUUAUUUGAAAACAAAGUUGGAAAAUCUACAAAAUAUAUUACUUGUAAGAACACCAAACAGAAGAGCUAAAACAACAGCAGCACAGUCAUCAUCUAUUGACCAUAGCUCCACCAUCUUUGUUCCCAUUGCACACCUCAAGGAAAAACCCUAAAUCACUGCAACAGAUGAGUCUCUUUUUUUUAAAUAGAAAAUAUAUUUUACCUUAAUUGUAACAAGAGCUAAACAAACCAGUUAAUUUUAUGUUAUGUAGCUUUAUGUACGAAAGAACAAUGAGUUUUAUAAUUAUCAUUUUACAUAUGAAUUUUAUAAAGAUAAAAUGUUACGAAGCUGAGUCUUGUGUCGUUUGACUAUUUGAAGAACAUCUUUUUAUGAUAGAUCGUUGUCAUCCAUUGACGUAUCCCUGGUGUUGUCAGAAUUCUUAAGU